AUGGAGCAUGGCCUAGCCGGUGCCUCCCAUGACACGCCGAGCUUCUUGUUCUGCCAUGGCGCAGCCACGGCAGAUUCAGCCUCGCUGGAGACCUCAUCUGGUGUUCUCGGCACCUCCCCACAAGGCACUGCUUCUGACGACAAGAAGGCCAGGAAGCCCAGGGAAGAUAGUGCCAGCUUCAGCUCUGCUCACUCCAAGGACUCAAACUCAAAGGAAAGCACCAAAAAGAAGGGAGAAAAAAGAGACAGAAGCAGCAAGGAGGUAGAUGAGGAGGAGCCCAAGGGGUACAUACAUGUCAGGGCAAGGAGAGGGCAAGCAACAGACAGCCACAGCCUUGCAGAGAGGGUGAGGAGGGAGAGAAUCAGUGAGAGGAUGAGGGUGCUGCAGGCCCUGGUCCCUGGCUGUGAUAAGGUCACUGGAAAAGCCCUCAUUUUGGAUGAGAUCAUCAAUUAUGUGCAGUCCUUGCAGAACCAAGUUGAGUUCCUUUCCAUGAGGAUUGCUUCCCUGAGCCCUGUGCUGUAUGGGUUUGGCAUUGACAGUGAUGCUUUCAGUGACCAUACUCCAAAAAUCGAAGGAAUGCUCCACCAUGAGGCGCUUGCAAUGCCUGGCUCUGUCCUGAACAGACCUCCAUCUGAAGGUAUCAUGGACACGCACACCUCCACCUCCUCCCCAUCGUACGAGGUCCACGGCGAUGGCGGCACCAGCAUCUCUUUCCCUCAGGACAAUGGCAGCUACAUGGUGCAAACAGUAGGCGAGCCAAGGCAAGAGCUGUUCAAUCAAGUGCUGUUCAGUAACCACAUGUGCUCUUUCCAGUAG